AUGUCCCUACUUGCCGUUCUGGCCCUUCUCCCCUCUCCGCAGGUGCCUUUGGAGCCUUCCAAUCCGGAGCUUUGUCUUCUGCAGGUGUUGACACAGUCUCACCUCGUGCCAAAGACCGUCCCAUCAGAAAUAUUAAUUGCAGAUCUGGUUAGCAGCCCAAGCCAGAAACUAACAGGUACCCAGAACGAAUGGUGGAAUUGCAAUACGCCAGAGAAACUAGGUGUCGAUCAAGAAUCUCAGACAAGUGGUACACCUUUGAGCCCUUGGGAAAAGUUCUGUAACGCAGCUGUCAAAGCGUUACUAAUUGCAGAAAGACAAAGUGAGGGAAAUGAAUCAUUCGGAGACCGAUUGGAGCCAUCGAAUCUCCAUACCAGCGACACUGGUUUCAACAAAGGAGACGGCAACAGCAGCAAAGCACAGCAGUUCUUCUCCUCAUCUAAGACAAUGAAGAAAGUACUGCAAUUCUUCUCCCCAUCUAAGGAAGACAGUCCAAACUUGAGGCAAAGUGGCCUAGCCGUCAAAAGAGGAAAUUCUGCGAAGGAUCUAGUUUUGGGCAUUUUCAGAGAUGUCAGAGCCUACUUUACCUUUGGUUUGCCACCAGACAAGUUGGUUGUUGCGAAGUUGAACAAACAUGAUGACAGCGAUGGUGCCCACCAUAUCACCCCAACAACAGACGAGUCAAUGAACUGCAGUUUUCAAAACUGCUCACCAUGUUUGCAUGGAAAUUCAUGUGAAAGUAGUACUCAAGGCGGUCUUCCUCUUGUGACACCUACUGAGCAGGAGGAGCACAAUAUCUUCAAUUUUGAGAACGUUGUCUCAUCAGAUGAUGAAGCUUCGCCACCAACAUCAUCUCAGCUAACAGGCAAAGAACGUGAAAGGGUAUUUGGCAAAGAGCUAGAAUUGCAAGGAGGUCUUCAGCCAACAAAUGAAGAAAUGGAAAGGAUUGCUUGCCAAUGGAUUGAAUCGCAAGGUCUUCAAUCCGCCUUCAACGCAAUGCUAGAAACUCGUUCUAAAGCUUCAGCAUUCUGUGCUUGA